AUGAAUUCUUCUUCUUCUUCUCGGGGAUUAUCGUCGACGACGUCGCCUAAAACGCUUCGCGCUUUAUCUUCCUCGCAAUCAUCGUCGUCAUCUCAACGAAGAUCGAAGAACAGAUCGCGCGUCGUCGUGGUCUCCUCUUCCUCUUCUUUUGGUGGUGUUCGUGGUAAAAGAAGAGCGCUUUUGUCUUCCUCUUCUUUCGCGCAUCAAUCAUCUCGCGCGCGAAAUCCGCUCGCCGGUUUAUCCUCUCGCGGAUUCGCUCGAGGAUUCGUUCGAUAUAAUUUCCAGGAGGAGGACGACAACGUCUCGUUCGCGACUCUGAACAAGACGAAAAGAAGAUUCCAAAACGUGCGCCCGAGAAACAGCAACUUCCCGUCCGGGAACAGCGCGACCGAAAUCGAGGACUGCUUAUCGGACGAAGAGUGCAAAGAUCAACUCAUCGAAGGGUUAGAGAAGAGUUUAAGCUCCAGUCGAGAGGAGGAAAAAGAGGAAGAGAAGAAAAAGAAAGAGGAAACGAAAACAAAAACGGCGUUAGUCUCUUCCGCGGAAGGAAGUGAGACGAAACCAAAAAAGCGAGAAUUCGUCAACGCGAAAGGGUACGACGGGGACGAGUGUUCCGUGGACGAGGAUAACUGCGCGGUGUCGGAACCACCGCUGAACUUUGGCCGAUUGCGAUCGGUCGGGACUAUUUCUCGGUCGUUUGAGAUUUGGACGUUUGCGUUUACGUUUGUUAUUCGAAGGGUGAGUUUGGGGUUGAAGUGGACGUAUAAGGGCGGAUACACGGAAGAGAAGAGAACGGCGAGAUUGGAACGGUUGGCGAAGUGGUUGAGACUCGGGUUGUUGAGGUUAGGUCCGACGUUUAUUAAGGUUGGGCAGCAAUUCAGUACGAGGGUGGACGUGUUGAGUCCGCAGUUUAUCCGCGAGUUGGAGAAAUUGCAAGAUCGCGUGCCACCGUUUCCAACGGAUAUUGCGAGAGAAAUUUUAACCGAAGAGUUAGGGAAGCCAAUUGACGACGUGUUCGAUGACUUUGACGACGUCGCGUUGGCGGCAGCGUCGCUCGGACAAGUGCACUUGGCCAAGUUGAAAACCACGGGGGAGCAAGUCAUCAUCAAAGUUCAACGACCUGGGUUGAAGGAGAUUUUCGACAUCGAUUUGAAAAACUUGAGAGUGAUUGCGAAGUGGUUGCAGUCGGUCGAUCCAAAAAACGACGGCGCAAAGAGAGAUUGGGUGGCUAUUUUCGACGAAACCGCGAGAGUGUUAUACGACGAAGUCGAUUACACGAACGAGGCGCAAAACGCGACGGAUUUCGCGAAACAAUUCGAAACGCAAGAUUGGAUUAAAGUGCCGAAAAUCUUUUGGGAUUACACUUCUAGACGCGCGAUGUGCAUGGAGUACGUCCCAGCGACGAAGAUUAACGAUUUAGCCGGAAUUCAAGCCAUGAAUGUUGAUCCGGAUCGCAUGGCGAGAUUGGCGGUGGAGGCGUACCUUCAACAAGUCUUGAGAUUUGGAUUUUUCCAUGCGGAUCCGCACCCUGGGAACGUUGCCGUGGAUAACAAAGAUCCAGAAGGCAAAGGUCGAUUGGUCGUUUACGAUUACGGCAUGAUGGGUAGAAUUCCAGACGAAACUAGAGCUGGUUUGUUGGACUUAUUUUACGCCACCUACGAAGGGUCCUCGAAAUCCGCCACCAAAGCGUUGAUCAAGAUGGGCGUUUUGGUCGAUACCGGCGGCGAUUUAACCGCGGUAGAAAGAACGGCUGGUUUCUUUUUGGAAGCGUUCGGGAAAAGAAUCAACUACCAAGAAUCUAAAAGAGCGGAAGAUAAAGAGGCGUUCGAAAAGGAAUUCAAAGAACCGCGAACGAAGGAAGAGAAGCAAGCGGUCAGAAAGAAAAUUUUGACGAACAUCGGGGAAGAUUUGAUGGUGGUGUCUAAAGACCAACCGUUUAGGUUUCCGGCUGAGUUCACUUUUGUGGUGAGAGCCUUUAGCGUCCUCGACGGCAUCGGCAAAACGCUCAACAAAAAGUUUGAUAUUGGUGAAAUCGCAGCGCCAUACGCGCGUAACUUGCUCAUCGAAGCCAACCCGGAUGCGCUUCCGCCGCAAGUUGUUACCGCGCAGCGCGAAUGGUUGAAGAGAGCUGACGCGCAAACGCGAGCGGUUGUGAACUUGUUCAAGGCGCCGGACGCGAUCGAGUCCAUCGCCGAUAUCAUUCGAAGAAUUGAAACCGGUAAGUUGAAAAUCAGAGUCCGCGCUUUGGAAGUUGAACGCGCGGUUGAGAGAGUUGCGGUGACGCAAGACAUUACUUUGAAAGCGUUGAUUGCGUCGUGCAUGGCGAACAUUGGGUGCGUCUUAUGGGUAACCAAUCCGGGAUUGUAUCUGAUCCAAGCGAAAAUCGCGUUGGGCUUAGCCACCGUGAUGAUGUUGCAAGCGGUCAAAGGACAGUUGACUUUGAGCAAGAUGUUGAAGAAAGAAGCCAAGUACUCCGGAGCGGAUUAA